GUCGGGGUGUUACAGUAUGCUAAUGCUUGUGACACAUAUUUGUGUUUUGUGUUUCUUUAAUAUAAUUUGAUGGAAUGAUAUUGUAUUGGAUAUACUUGUAGGUAUGGAUUUGUGUGCUAUACGCAAUAGAAUACGAAAGAGGCGUAAAAAUAGCGCAUUUUGGGACUUUGUGGCAUGUGCACUAGGUUAUACUUCUAUUUACUAUGUAAAGUACAUUUACAAAGUACCAUGCAUGACUUCAUUUCAAACAGGAGAAAAAUGGAUGCAUGAAAUGUUAACUGGUCAUGAAAAACGUUGUUUUAACAUGUUUAGAAUGACACAAUGUACAUUUCGACAACUAUGCAUGGAUUUAGAAAGUAAGUAUGGGUUGAUACCUUCGGAAAGAAUAUCAAUUUUGGAAAAAGUGGGGUUAUUUGUCUACAUACUUAGUAAGGCACAGUCAAAUCGGGAUGCUCAAGAGAGAUUUCAACACUCGGGUGAAACUGUAAGCAGAAUUUUUAAAGAAGUUUUGGAUGCCAUGGAUGGUUUAUCAAGAGAUAUUCUAAGGCCAAGAGAUCCCGAGUUCAAGGAAAUCCCUUCACAAAUUGUGGAUGAUACUCGAUAUAUGCCUCAUUUUAAGGUAAUUAUUUGUACAUUUAUUGUUUUUGAUAUCUUAUUUAAAUGUUAUAUUAAUUUUAUCGUAUUAGGAUUGCAUUGGAGCCAUUGAUGGCACUCAUAUAGAUGUUAUAAUUGCCGAAGAGGAUCAAUUGCGAUAUAGAGGAAGGAAAGGAACACCUACCCUUAAUGUUAUGGCCGCAUGUGACUUUGAUUUGCUUUUUACUUACGUGCUAACCGGUUGGGAGGGGUCGGCUCAUGACUCUCGUAUCUUUCUUGAUACUAUUGGCAAUCCAAGUCUUAACUUUCCAAAACCUCCUCCUGGAAAAUAUUACUUGGUGGAUAAAGGGUAUCCGGAAAGAGAAGGGUAUUUGACUCCCUACCACAAGAUAAGGUAUCAUCAAUCCGAAUUUCGCGGGGCAAUUCCAAGAGGGCCUCGGGAAAUUUUCAAUCGUGCCCAUUCUUCCUUAAGGAGUUGCACUGAGAGGUCAUUUGGAAUUUUGAAGGCACGGUGGAAAAUAUUAAGAACUAUGCCAAAAUAUUCAUUACAAGAUCAAAAUAGAAUAGUUUGUGCUUGUUUUGCAUUGCACAACUACAUAAGAUUAAGCAAAGUUCCUGACCCAGGAUUCAAGAUCAUAGAUGACGACCCCACUUUUAUUCCUCCUGAAGUAUCUAUGGAUGUCGAGUGUGGUUCUACACAGGAAGUUCAACGUGUGAGUACUAAUGAAAUGACAAAAGUUCGAGAGGAAAUUACUACUAGUUUGAUGAGAAGUAGACGACGACGACGUCGCUCUUCUUAAACAUGUGUUGCUUGUUAGAAUAAAUGUUUAGUAGUGUUAGAAUAAUGUUGUUGUAAUAGGGUUUUCCAUGGACUACUUUUCAUUGUUAUGCAUUG